AGAUAGAUGCUGAAGAGUGGGGUAAAUUUCUUCACACCAAAAAUAAGAUCUAUACAGAUUUUGAUGAAAUUCGUCAAGAAAUAGAAAAUGAAACAGAGAGGAUUUCAGGAAAUAAUAAGGGGAUCAGUCCUGAACCUAUUCAUCUGAAGAUUUUUUCAUCUAAUGUUGUAAAUCUGACUCUUGUGGAUUUACCCGGAAUGACGAAGGUGCCUGUUGGUGAUCAGCCUAAGGACAUUGAACUUCAAAUAAGAGAGCUAAUUCUUCAAUUCAUCAGCAACCCAAAUUCAAUUAUUCUGGCAGUCACAGCAGCUAACACAGACAUGGCCACUUCUGAAGCCCUUAAAAUUGCACGAGAGGUGGAUCCAGAUG